UUGAUUAUAAACAAUUGUAAUAAUAACAAACAAUCAAUAAAUUGUUAAUCAAAUUGAAGACAAAAUCGUCAAAGAAAAUCAUUUUAUCUGUAAAACUCAUACAAUCUAGUGAAUCAAAAUCAGGAAAGUCAAUCAAAAGUUAAUCAACUUUUUCUCUCAUCCAAUUAUCAUCAUCAUAAUUACAAUCAUUUAAUUGUGAUAAUGAUUAACAAUUGAUUAGUGUUAAAAAAAGAGAAAUCAAAUUGUUACUUAACCCGUUUUCCAAGUUGUCCAGGAAUCUUAAAUCUCUCAAGUUCUAUGCGUUAAAUAUCAACCGAAAAGCCUUAAUAACCAUUCUAUCACAAAUUUUUCAUCCUCAUCAUCAUAAUUAUCAUCAUUAUCAUCAUCGUAAUCCUCAUCAUCAUCAUCAUUAUGAUUAUCUUUCCUGUAUCUCUCUCCAAUUGAAUUUGAGAUGACUUUGAAAUCUUGCCUGACUAGUUAACGAAAUUGUUAUUUUUCACUCGAUAAAACAAAGUGGAAAAAAGGAACAAAAAAUCACCUUCUCUCUCUCUCUCACUCUCUCACUCUCUCACUCAACGAUCCUCUUAAUAUCAUCAUCAUCAUCUUUCAAGUAUCGUCCCAACGAAGCCUGAGCAAUCGUUAACAACGUUACAACGUGGUUAUCAUUUGAAUAGAAGUUUUUUUUAAAACUCUCUCUCUCUCCGAAUCAUUUAUAUAUAAAAUAAGCUUCUACUUUUUUGUUGUUGAUUUACAAGUAAUUGCAAUUAAUUUUAUUGUGUAUUUGUAAUUGUCUGUUAUUCACCUGAACAAUUUAAAUGAUUUCGGUGCCAAUCAUGGAUAAAUCAUCAUCACCAACAAACAACAAUAAUACCAAAGGUAAUUGUGAUAAUGUUUCAUGUUCUGUUAGUGGUAAACAUUGUGAUUCUUCAAUGAUUAAAGAAAAAAGUGAUAAAAUAACCAAAAAUGGUUCAACUAAAUCAAAGGUUAAAUCUGAUUUAGAAACUGGAUUAAAGUAUCGUGAAAAAAUUGAUACACUUAGAGAUCGUUUUUCAACUGAAUAUUCAGCUCACCCUGAACUUUACGAUGAAAUUGAUUUUCGUAAAGUGAUGGACAAAGAUUUCUGGGUUACUCGAUUCAUGGCCGAUCCAAAUGAAUCCAUUGACGAUACUUUUGAGAAGUUGAGGUCAACAAUGGAAUGGAGAAAAUCAUUUGGUGUUAAUCAUUUCGAUCCUUUAUCAAUUCCCAAAGAGAUUUAUCAAGUUUCCGCUUUGAUACCUUAUGAGGUCGAUAAACAGGGCAGGCCAACUCUUUAUAUUCGAGGUAAAAUUCAUAGGAAAAUCGAUCAACUUGAGGAUAAGAUCAAACAUUAUCUUGUCAAUAUGAUUGAAACAAUCGAUUCGGUGAGGGAGGAACGAGAAUCUUGGUUGAUCAUCUUGGACGCUUCGGAUGCCAAUUUUUUCAACACCGAUUUGGAUAUGAUCAUGUUCCUGUUUUCAACUCUUCGAACUCGAUAUCCUCGAGGUGUUGGUCAAUGUUUACUCUAUGGAUUACCUUGGCUUUUAGGAGCUUUCGCAAACAUGGUCAUCUCAUUUUUACCCUCGGAUUCAGUGGCCAAGAUCAAAUUCGGUGGGAAAAAGGAGCUUCUCGAAUUGAUCGAUGAAAAUAAUCUACCCGAUUGGUUGGGUGGCUCUUGUAAGGUCAACUAUCGACGGGUCCCAAGAUCAGCGGUCUCUUGUUACGAUAUGGCAGAGACAGAGUUCAAAUUGACCAAACAAGAGGUCGAUAAGAUCAUCAAGCCGUUCACUCAGUACAUUAUGCCAGAACUUUGUGUCGAAAUCGAUCCUUAAUUGUUCAAAAAAAGUUAAUUUUCCAUGAAAAGAAAAUAUAAUUUUCCUCUCUUUCAAUUCUCAUGAGUGUGUCCGUCCAUUUCUUGACCAUUCCGUCCCACUGAAUCACUCAUCAUGUAAAUAAUUAUUAACUUUCAACAAUUAACUUCUCUCUCUCUCUCUCUCUCUCAUAUCCCUUUAUUGUAACCCAAUUUGAACAUUUUGUUUACAAUUAACUGUUGAUUAUUUUGCUGCUGAUAUUUUGCAAUUUAAUUGUCACUUUGAGCUUUUUACAAACUGGUAAAUCAUUUGAUUAACAUGAUUAACCCUUUAAAAUUACUCAAUUGUAUUGUAUUGAUACUAAAUUGUAAUUCUCUUACGAUUA